AUGGAAGAUAAGCUGUGGGAAAACCAAACAGUGGUUAAAGAAUUUAUUCUUUUGGGAUUUGGGGAUAUUCCAACUCUUCGGGGCCUGCUUUUUCUGGUAAUCCUGAUGAUCUACAUCGCGACCAUGGCUGGAAACAUUCUCAUUGUUGCACUUGUUGUGGUUGAUCAGCACCUUCACACACCAAUGUACUACUUCCUGGGGAAUCUGUCUUGCCUGGAGACGUGUUACAGCUCAACAAUCCUGCCCAGGAUUCUAGCCAGUUUUGUGACUGGAGACAGAUCAAUUUCUUUCACUGGCUGUUUUCUACAGAUGUACUUCUUUGGUUCCUUGGCCGCGACAGAAUGUUUCCUCUUAUCUGCUAUGUCAUAUGACCGAUAUUUGGCCAUAUGCAAACCUUUGCACUAUGCAACCAUUAUGAAGAAUGGGGAUUGCCUCCAAUUAGUGGUCGGGUCUUGGAUAAGUGGCUUUCUGGGGAAUACCAUUUUGUUUCCUCUGCUGCAGUUAACAUUCUGUGGGCCAAAUGAAAUCGAUCAUUUCUUUUGUGACUUCAACCCAUUACUAAAAUUAGCUUGCAGUGAUACUCAUAAAAUAAUAAUUUUAGCAUUCAUGAUUUCUUGCAUUUUCACAUUGCCCCCUUUUCUCUUGACAGUGACAUCCUAUGUUUACAUUAUUGCAACCAUUCUAAAAAUCCCUUCUUCUGUAGGGAGGCAAAAGGCUUUUUCUACCUGCUCAUCACAUCUCAUUGUGGGUACUAUUUUCUAUGGGACCCUGAUGAUUGUCUACAUGCUGCCUGACACUCAGACACUGAGAGACUGGAACAAAGUCUUCUCUGCCUUCUAUACUGUCUUGACUCCUAUGGUCAAUCCCCUCAUAUAUAGCCUGCGGAAUAAAGAAGUGAAACAGGCCUUGAGGAAGAUUCAAGAAAAAAUCAUCCCAGUUAAAUUUUAA